AUGAGGAACUGGAAGGGUUGGAGGUGUUUCAAGAGUCUUACUAUCUACCCUUUUAAGAGUAUAUUUAGUAAAGUGAAUUCAAACUUUAGAUUCAAAUCUCAAGGACACAGAAAUGGACUUGUUAGUCUUUAUAAAGACAUGGAGUCUUGUGGAGAAUAUGCAGAUAUUCAAGUCAUGUGGAAAAUGAUUGAAUCUUCAUCUCCUAAACAUGCCUGCAACAAGAAAAGAACCAAAUUUUUCUUCAUGGACUAG